UCUUUUCUGCAGUUAGUCGUUCUUAGCUACUCGAGUUGAUAACACACAACAAAAUUGUACAGUUUCAUUUUUCAAGAUAUUUUUCUUUUCAUUUCGAACAAACUUAGAAGAAGAUAUAUUCACGUUCCAACAAAAAAAAAAAAAGAAAUACUUCAAAGAAGAAUUUAUUAUGGAUAUCAUAGUGAUUAUUUUAACAACAAUUGUCAUAGUUUUGAGUUGUUAUUAUUAUUUUUAUAUACAAAAUGAUGUUUCUUAUUUCAAAGUAAAUCGAUUACCACACGAUCAACCAUUACCAAUAUUUGGCAAUCUUGCAGAAUUUUUUUUCCGACGUAAACCAAUUCAUUUAAUAUUGACAGACAUGUAUCAUAAAUAUUCGCAUACGAAAUAUUUCGGAUUUUACGAUUUCAAAAGUCCGAUUAUAAUACUACGUGAUCCUGAAUUAAUCAAUUCAAUUGGUAUCAAAAAUUUCGACAAUUUUACCGAUCACACGAGUUUUAUCAUCGAACACGAGCCAUUAUUGGCAAAAAAUUUGUUUCAAUUACGCGGUGACACAUGGCGUGAAAUGAGAAAAACCUUGAGUCCAACAUUUACAUCGAGUAAAAUGAAAAUGAUGUUUCCUUUGAUACAAGAAUGUGCAGAUCAUUUUGUUCGUCAUAUUGUUGAAAAAUCAUCAACAAAUAAUGGUUGGAUUAUCGAAAUGAAAGAUAUAUUUAGUAAUUACACGAAUGACGUGGUUGCAACUACUGCAUUUGGUAUUCGCAUAGAUUCCAUGAAAAAUCCAAACAACGAGUUUAUAACAUUGGUCAAAAAGAGUACAAGUAGCAGUAACAAAGAUGCUGGUGGUAUUAAUAUGGGUACAAACAUUGGAGGACGUAGACCACCAUCUCAACAAUCUUUUCAUUCUUCGAAGACCAAUCAUUCGCAAAAUUCAAGGCAUCAACCUACAUCGAUUGCAUUACCACCGUCUACACCGAGAAAUGCAUGCAAGUUACCAGAAAUAGAAGCUAGAUGUAUACAUGUACGAUCAUCUUCACGAAAUCUCGCAUCCACUAGAAAUCAACAAAGUAUUACAAAAAUGCUUUUACUGAUCAGCACCGUUUUUAUCAUUCUCAAUUCCCCAAGCUACGUGAUACGUUUAUGCGUAUUUUUCUUCACGCUUGCAAGAAGAGACACACCGGGCCUGCUCUGGUGUCUUCAACAGUUUUUCAUGUUACUAUAUUAUACCAACUUCAGUAUCAAUUUUCUCCUUUAUGCUAUGUGCGGUAUAACGUUUCGACGUUGUCUGGAACAACUGUUGCGCAAAGUUUUGAAGAGCAUGACGAGGUACCAUUGCAAUCCUCAGAGAUACAUAUAGCUAUUUCGCCAUUAUCGAUCCGGAAGAAGUCGAACAGAAACGAUCAUAAUGAUGAACAUUAGAGAACCGGUUAAUUCAUAGACUAUCCGUUUAAAUGAUCAUCAUUUUCAAUGACAUUGAAUAAUAAUCUAAUUUAAACACGGAUUUAAUCUUUAACAAAGACUGAAACUAAAUGAUACGAAAAAUAUUUCAACAAACAUGAAUAAUGAUCAUGAUAAUGAUGAUAAUGAUGAUGAUGAUGAUGAUGAUGAUAAUGAUGAUUCACGAUUUUUAAUAUCGGUCAAACAAUUAUCCUCAACAAUUACUAUUUUCCAAGUUUCUAUUAACCAAUUUAAUGUAGUGGCAUCCUCAUUUGAGAACACGCACCUGUUUUGUGUCACAAGAAUUGAGCCAUGGACGUGUAUACUUGUCAAGAGAAAAAUUGUACUUUCUAUUAAAUGACGUGUAUACUCGUCAAGAGAAAAAUUGUACUUUAUAUUAAUUGACGUGUAUACUCGUCAAGAGAAA